AUGUCUUCAAUUUGCCCUACUUAUUUAGGAUGGGAUUAUCCCAUAGAUUUAGGUACAAUUCAAGGUUUUAAUAAUGUCGACCUAGAUUCUGUAUUUCUUCUAAAUUUUUCAUCUUCUCAUCAAUCUCAAGAUUACCAAUAUCAUGAGCAUGAUCAUGUUAAGCGAAGGGAAUCGCCACAAGGUACAAGUUCUAUAGAUGUUAAGCGAAGCGAUUUGCCACAAGAUACGAGUUCAACAGAUCAUUUAUUUGAUAAUAAUCCAAUAUCAUUAUCCAAGAAACUCAAUCAUAAUGCAAGUGAACGAGUUCGAAGAAAGAAAAUCAGUAACUUGUAUUCUUCUCUACGUGCUUUACUUCCUUCUUCAGAUCAUAAGAAAAGACUAAGCAUUCCAGGGACAGUUGUACGUGCGGUUGAGUACAUACCGGAAUUACAAAAAGAAGUGGAGAAUUUAAUUAGUAGGAAGAACGAGCUUUUAUCAAAAGUUUCAUUAAUCCAAGGAAAUGCAAGGGAAAUUAUUAUUCAAGAGGAAAAACCCAUGACUAAAAAUCGUACGAUCAAGGAUACAUUUUCGUGUUCGAUUUCUUUGAAUAAAAUGGGUGAUAAGGAAAUGGUGAUCCAAAUUUCAGCAUUGGAGAAAAUAUCAUUAUCUGAGGUGCUUGAUCUUCUUGAGAAGAAGGGUUAUCUUGUUAUUGAUAUUUCUUCUUUUCAUUCUUUUGGAGGAACAACUUUUUAUAAUACGAGUAUAAAUUUAUGGUUGAUUGUAAAAUAUUAA